AUGUCCCCAGACGUAGAGAAAGGCUUACCGGUUCAAAAUAUCUCGGACAAAUCACAACAAGCUAGCAGGAGAAAUUCCGUUAGCGAAACUUCUUCAGCCCUGGAGGCGCUUCACAAUGUCAAAUCUCCCCAUGUGGCAGACGGACCCAUCGAAGGAUCCGGAUCCCCAGCGACGGAGAAAAGUGCUUGGGCCCGAUUUCAUGAUCGACUCACCUCAAUGAAACUCUUUGAGUCGCGCGGUAUCGAGCGCAUUCCGGUCGAGGAGCGCCAUGAUAUCAAAACGGCGGAUUAUCUGCAGAUGAGCUUGUUGUGGUUCAGCACUAAUAUCACGGCGAAUAAUAUGGCGCUUGGGAUGCUGGGGCCGUUGAGUUAUGAUUUGGGAUUUGUGGACUCGGCGCUUUGUGCGACUUUUGGUGCGUUGCUUGGUGCUGCGGGGGUUGCAUAUAUGGGCACUUUUGGUCCUGCCAGUGGAAAUCGGACUAUGGUUAUUGCACGAUACUUCAUGGGCUACUAUCCUAGCAAAAUCGCAUGCCUACUGAACAUCAUUAUCAUGUUGGGCUACGGUAUGAUCGACUGUUUAGUCGGUGGUCAAGUCCUGUCGGCGGUGGCGGGGGGCCGAAUGACCGUUAUCGUGGGAAUUAUCAUCAUCGCCAUCGUGACAUGGGCUAUCGUCCUUUUUGGAAUGAAUGUCUUCCACAUCUACGAACGAUACGCCUGGGUGCCCCAACUGAUCGCCGCCUUCGUUCUGGUCGGCAGCGCGGGGCCUAAAUUCGAUACGUCAAUCGUGUCAACGGGAUCAUCUGAAACUAUUUCCGGAAACCGUCUCUCAUUCUUCUCGCUGUGCUUAUCAGCUUCAGUGGCAUGGGCACCUGCCGGCGCUGACUUCUUCGUCUACUUCCCGCCUACCACAUCGAAGUGGAAGACUUUCCUAAUGACCUUCCUUGGGGUCGGGCUCGCAUUGACAUUUGUCAAUCUCCUGGGCGUCGGACUCGCCUCUGGUACAUAUAACCAUGCAUCCUGGGAAACAGCUUAUGAUACAUCCUCCGGCGCCUUGAUUCUCGCGGGCUAUGAAGGUCUAGGCGGCUUCGGCAAAUUCAUGGGCGUCCUCGUCGCGCUUGGCCUAAUCGCAAACAAUAUUCCUGGGACAUACUCCGCCUCCCUGGGCUUCCAAAUUAUGGGCAGACAACUAGCCCGCCUUCCACGCUGGUUUUACUCAUGCGUCGGCGUCGUGAUUUACACCGCUUGUGCGCUCGGUGGCCGGAACUAUCUCUACGAUAUCUUUGACAAUUUCCUGUCAUUGAUGGGAUACUGGGUUACGAUCUAUUUAAUGAUUGCCGUGGAGGAACACGCUAUUUUCCGGCGAAAGUUGGGCUUUAAUUGGGAUGACUGGGCCGAUUCGUCGAAAUUGCCGGUUGGUAUUGCGGCUUUGAUGGCUUUCUUGGUUGGCUGGGCUGGUGCGAUUGUUUCGAUGGAUCAGGUGUGGUAUGUUGGACCUAUUGCCCAAAUGGUCGGUGCUUACGGCUCGGAUUUG